AUUUCUUUGUGCGCCGAUUUUUGUCUCUAGAGACUCAUACUAACCAACAGAUACCUUCAGCACGCGUCCUAUACCCGAUAUACCCAUAUUCUGCGAGCCUGACGCGCCCACUAUGACCACGGCGAUUUGUCAACAAUAGAUUCGACUGUUUGUUGCUCCCCCACCGCAGCACGACGCGCUGAAUCCACGCCCGAGACGAAUGGAAUCGGCAGGACCUGAUAUCAUAUAUACGACAAACGGCUAGGAAAUAAAAACGAUAACAAGAAAAUGGCUCGCGCGGCAGUCAUCCCCCAAUCACCCCCUAAACGGGGUCGUCCCGCGUCCACCAGCACAGCGAGAGGUCGUACCUCUGUUGCAACAGCGACCACGGCAGCAGCUAGAGCGAAAGUGAGACCUGCGCCCGCGAAACCUGCGACCAAGAAGACUGCGCGUGCUGAUACGGAUGACGACGACGAUGAAAUCGCGGCUGAUAAGGAAAAGAAAACUACUGCUGGAGGGAGGGCGAAGACUGCGACAACAUCAUCGACAAUGACAACGUCCACAGGCCGUGGACGGAAACCGGCUGUUAGAACUGUAAAACCGCAAGAAGAGAGCGAUGACGAUGAUGAACUUGCGCAGAUGGAUUUUCCGAAGAAGCGCGUUGGUCGGCCGAAAAAGGAGAUUACUACUACUGCAAAACCAGCAGAGCCGGCGGCUAGGCCGAGAGGGCGGCCGAAGGGUACUUCGAAUGCUAAGACGACGACGACGGCACGGGCGCGCAGGACGGAAGACGAAUUGAAGCCUAGGGAUAUUGCGAUCACAUCUGCGGCUUUGAGGUCGAAUAUUCUAAAGGGACCCGCGAAGAAGAAAACGGUUACGUUCCAAGACGUGACUGAUUCAGAGGAGGAAGAGGAAGAGGCUGCUCCGGCUCCUAGACGGCGAAGGGCAACCCCUGCUAAGCGCGGUAUGAGUGCUAAGCCUGCUCGCAAACCUGCUGCUACCGGCACGGCGACUGGUCGGGUUCGCAAACCCGCUGCGAAGGCAACCACGAAGCCGAAGCCUCUUUCGCCGAAGAAGGCGAAUCAAGUCGCCAAGUCGAUUUCAUCGUAUGUUAGCUCGGAUGGCGAGGAUGAUGAGCUUGCUGGCGGAAAGGACCAGAUUAAAUUACAGGUCGACUCGCCCACGAAACACGGAUCAGAAAAGACCGGACUUAGCUCCCCGGUCAAGCGCAUUAACCUUACUCCUCGUCAUAAGUCUGUUGAUGAGAAUGGGAAGCCUGUUCGCCGGUCUAUCGAUUUCAACGAUGUUAUCAGCAUGUCCAGUCCUACUCGGGAACCCUCCCCUUCACCUUUCCAUUAUACAUUGCGAGAAACGCCCAGGAGAGUUGGUCUCGCCGUCCCAGAGGAACACACCGGGCCAAUUUCUCAGCCCGACUUUGGCCGCUCCCAGAACUCCCCGCUCAAGGCAUCUCCCAAGAAAGGCCUCCUAGAAACACCUAGAGGAGGCAGCGGCUUCGCCUUUAACAACGACAUGAAAACAUCCUUCCAACCAAACUUCACUCCCGGCCAAAACUCCCCCCUCAAAGCCUCUCCUAAGAAGGGUCACUUCAAUGAAACUCCCAAAACCAGCAGCAUGGCCCCUUGGGAUGGCACCAAGCCACUAUCUCAGCCAAACUUCACACCUGGACAGAACUCGCCGCUCAAGGCCUCUGCGAGGAAGGGGAAGCUGGCUGCUUCGUUUUCGGAGAGCGUGAUGAAGGCAUCAUCGACGCCGUCAUUCAAUGCAAGGAUUUCGCUGCUACAGAGUCCCGCGAAGAGAGUUGCUUCUCCAUUUAAGGGGUUUACGCCGAAGAGGUCUUCGCUGUUUGCGCCGAGGGAGGUUGAGAGUACUACGCCCUGUGAAGAGGUUGAGCACGAAGGCCACAAUGUGCAGGCGGCCGCGCCGCAGAUGGAGGAGCCUCUUAGGCUUGGAGAAUUGAAUGAGGGUGUGCAUAAGAACCAAGAGCAGGAUGAGUCUGCGGAUGAGUCUGCGGAUGAGUCGGGUGAUGAAUAUGAUCAUGAUGUAAAUGAUCAUGACUCUCAGGCUACCAUCGAGGAAGACAUGGAUGAUGGUCAAGAGUCCGGACAUGAGGAGCAGCCUGGUGAUGAACUGGCACAGGAGGCCGGUGAUUACGCUCAUGACCACCCUGAGCCUCAGUUGCACUUCGCGAUUGAUGAUGAAAUGGACGAAGACCAGGACCAGGACAACGAAGGACCUUCUCAUGAGCCGGAGCGUGAAACUGAUGAAUACGUCCACGAACCCGAGAUUCAACCGCCCGUCGAAGCCGAUGAGGAAAUGGAUGAAGGCCCUGAGUUUGAUGCUGAGCCCGAGACUCGUGAUGACGAAGACGAUGCUGCAGACUAUGCCCAGGAAGACGCUAAGGCCCCGACCUACGAGGACCUCGAGCGUGAGGUUGCCGACGAACCCUCGCUGGACCUUGGUGAAGAACUCGCGGAGACUUUCACUGAGAAGUACACUGAGGAUGACUACGAAUAUCCUGCUGCUCAAUCUGAGAAGCAUGACUACGACAAUGCCACUGAAGUCAUGAAGCACCGCCAGGAAGAGCAGAACGACGACGCAGAUGAAGCUGACCAACUUGCUGAAUCUGUGCUGCUAGAUUUUCAGAAUCUCACCGAGCAACCUGAAGAACCCGAAAAGCAAGACGAUGGUUUUGUCAAUGGUAGAAUCGCUGCGCUGGAGACAGAGGUUGAGGCUGAGAUGCGCGAUGCUGAUUUUGGCCCGGUAUCGGACCGGGAAGAGGGCACCGAGCAAGCAAUUGAUAACGACGAAGCUCAGAUGCGUGAGGCGGAUUUUGGCCCGGUGUCAGACCAAGAAGAGGGCAGUGAGCAAGAAAUUGAUGACGACGAAGCUCAGAUGCGCGAGGCGGACUUUGGUCCAGUGUCGGAUCGGGAAGAGGGCAGUGAGGAAGAGAGUGACGAUGACAAGCCAGAGGUGCCUGUUCAGCAGCAUGUCCACGAAGAAUCGGAAGAGGACCAGGACCAAGAAAUUGACGACGAGCCAGAGGCUCCGGCCAAGCAGGAUGUUCCCGGAGAACCAGAACUGCCCGCUCAGUACCAUGUCCCCGAAGAACCGGAAGAGCCCGUUGCCGAGAAACAUCAGGCUAUUGAAUCAGAACCCGGAGACCUCAAUACUGAAGAUGACAUGGAAAGCAACGACGAUUUCGAAGCAGACGAUGAUAUCCAGGAAGUUCCCGUCCACGAAGAAGAAGACGAAGAGAGCGAAGAGGAAAUCGAUGAUGAGGAGGAUUGGGACGUCGACGGGACUACUCUGGUUGUUUUUGAUGAGGAGCAGAUGUACAUGGAGGGUGCGAGGCCUUCGCCUCGUCGUAUGUCGCCUCGCAGGUUUUCUCCCCAGCGGUUUUCUCCUCAACGGCCUUCACCCCGCCGUGUUUCACCCCGCCGUGCCUCUCCUCGUCGUGCCUCGCUUCGUGCUCCGCCUCGCCGUCUCUCGCGCCAAAGCAUUCAAGUCGAGCGUGAACCCAGUCAUGAGCCCAGUUCUGAGCAUGUCGAAGCUCCUUCUCCGACUCCUGCUCCAGUUGUCGACAAUCAGUACCGUGAUGACGCGGAUGAAAUGGACACCGACGAAGACCCAUCCAACGUUCAGGAGACUGCACACAAUGAAACUAACGUUCCCACCUUAAACCCCCGUUUUAGCAUCCACCGCUCAAUCUUUGACAACGCCCCGCGCUUCACACCACUAGCCAACCAAUUCAGCCAGUGGCAGGCCAAGGCUCCCCAAGAGCAAGAGCAAGAAGCAAGUGGAUCUAGUCGCCCACGACGGGGUAUUUUCUCUAUUGGUGGUGCUCCUAGAAGACCUUCUUCGGGAAGGCUUUCUGUGGGUUCUGAUGUUUCGUAUCCUGACCUUGGACGGCUGCUUGGAUCGAGGAAGUCAACAAUGGGGAUUGUUACUUCUCAGGAGGAGGAAGAGGAUAUGGAACCUGCUGUUGAGGAUGAGGGAGAGGAAAAAGAGGGGGAGGAAGAGGAAGAGGAAGAGGAAGAGGAAGAGGAAGAGGAAGAGGCUGAAUCAGAACUGGAACCGGUUCACGAAGCAGAGCAGGAGCCAAAACCUGAGCUGGUGCAGAAACCCGAACAAGUUCCCGAGGCAGAACCAGAGACUCUUGGAGAUGAUGCUGCCAAAGACGAUGAACCACAACACCCUGUGACUGAGAUCUACACUGACCCAGAGCCUGAGGCGGAGGCGAUCGACGAACGCGGAGAAGAUCUACCUUCCCAGCAUGCCAGCAGUCCCGCACCCGCACCCGCACUCGCACCCGUCCACAACCAGUGGGACGAUGAUAAGGAGAACGAGAACGAAGACCUUCCUGCACCUGGACCAGUGACGCCUAUGAAACAUAUCAAAGAAAAGAUCAGCCCCAUGCACACCGUUCACACGGUAUCCAAGGUACCCCUCAAGCCCGAGGGCCAUAUCUCGCCGCUGAAGAUGCCCCUAUCUCUUAAACGGCGUCGCUCAUCAUCGAACGCAUCGCCAACUCGUGCCUCGCCACGGCUGCGCAAAUCGUCUCUUUUUGCUCCUGCUCUUGCUGCCCAGGAGGAGAGAGUGCCUGAGUUUUCGCCAAGGAAGGCGCCUAGGCUUGGGGAACAUGAUAGUCCUGCACGGCGAGCAAGUGAGCGCAGAGUGCGAAGUGUGGAGAGAAGACAGAGCAGGGCUAGCAUUGGUAGCAAAGCACCUUCUCAAUCGCCUAGUCCCGUGAAAUCUCGCCGGACUAGUGGAUUCAGUGCGCGCAGCGCGGACCGCUGCCGAAGCAGAUCGAGCACCAAGCUUCCAUCCCGCUCGCCCAGCCCCGUGAAAUCACCCCGCAAGAGUAUUGGUACCAACGGCGCCCUAACCGGCGCCAUCGUCUACGUCGACGUACACACAACCGAAGGCGAAGAUGCAAGCGGCAUCUUCAUCGAACUCCUGCAACAAAUGGGUGCCCGCUGCGUCAAAAACUGGGCCUGGAACCCACGUGCAAGCCUCCUCCCCGAAUCUGCCGCAGACCAACACAAAGACGGAAGAGUAGGCAUUACGCACGUUAUCUACAAGGACGGCGGCGUCCGCACACUCGAAAAAGUCCGCCAUGCCGCUGGUCUCGUGAAAUGCGUCGGCGUCGGCUGGGUCCUUGACUGCGAGCGCGAAAACAAAUGGCUCGAUGAGACCGAGUAUGCUGUCGACAGCACCAUGAUCCCUCGUGGCGGCGCGAAGCGCCGGAAGUCUAUGGAACCAAGGGCAUUGAGUAACGUCAACGGAACUCUCGUCUCCUCUGCCGCUGCAGCCCGACGCAAGUCAGGUAUCACACCCUCAUCUAGCGAAGAACCACGCACACCAACCGCAACCCGGACAAAGAAAUUCGAUACCCCCUCCGCUAGGGAUAGAAUCUAUCAAACGCCUAAGACACCGGGUACGGGGUACGGCUUCCGGUUUAAUAUGGAUGAUUAUUUGGGCAUGUCGCCUGCGACGCCAUUUUAUCUGUCGCGUGCGAAGUUGGUGCAGCAAACCUGUCCGCCGAAGCAGACGAGGCAGGGGCUUUUCGAUCCCUCGGAUGAUGUCGGGUUGGGUAUGGACGAUGGGGAUGUUGGGAUGGGUGGUGAUUCGGAGAGCUCGAGGAAAUUGAAGAUGAGGUUGGAGGCUGCUAGAAGGAAGAGUAUGGCUGUUAAGCCGUAGGGUUGAGAUGGGUUGAUUUUGGAUUGAGCUUCGGUUGACUAGCAUUGGUUUGAUCGUUCUUGAACUGUACAUACAUACCCUUUUGCAACUUUGUGGAUAUUGAAACGUUCUCUGGAGUUUUGGGAUUUGGGAUUUGAAAUUGAUUUUGGAAUUGAUUGACUACAAUGGUC